AUGUUCACAUCCACCCACUCCUGCGCCUGCAACUUUGAAUUCAUCCCUACCGAGAUCCUCGCCAUCAUCUUCCAAGAAUGCGUGACGCUUGCCCACGCUCAAGACGGCCUCAUGUGGUGCUAUCACUCUUGCACGCGACGCUGUCUCCUCGACUGGGUAUGCAUCACCCAUGUCUGCCGCCGCUGGCGCACAAUAGCGCUUUCUCAGCCUUUGCUUUGGAGCCAUCUCAUCCUGUUGUAUCCUAGCUGGGCAAAGACGAUGCUCGCUCGCGCGAAGACAGCCCCUCUCACGAUCUCCCUCGGCGGCGAACAGGGGCAGUCACAGCUAUAUGCUGAGCGCCUGGCGGACAUGUUACACCCGGAGUGGAGACAGGAGAUGUUGGUACUCGCAUCAACGCUGGACCAGGUGUAUCUUACGGAGGAUCAAAUGCAAGCCUUCGCACAGAUAGAAAACCUACAAACCAAGCAAAACUUCAAUGACCCCGCAAUUCGCGAGGAAAUCAAUCGACGGACGCUGGAGCUGUCAGAGACUUUCAGGGUGGAUAAUUUGAAAAAGAAAGAGGAAAUGAAAGCGGCCUUGAAAGUGCACAGCAAAUGCGUAUCAAAGUAUGGUCCGUUGAUCCAGUCUUUCUCCUCCCUAACCGAUGGCGGGACCAACGUUAUCGACUGCUUGACGUUCUCUUCGUGUCGCUUAACAAGAUUGCACCUUGCGUCCGCAUAUUCAUUGGAGCACCUUGGGAAGAUGGACACGCUAGAGGAGCUCGUCCUUAACCAGUGUCUCGAGUGGACCACAGAUCGUAAUAUGCUUGGAGUGCCGCUGGGCACUUCGAAGAAAAUCCACCUACCAGCUCUCCAGUCUCUACAUAUCAAGGAUGCACUUUAUUGUGCCACUGACUUCGCGGCGGAACUCAAAACAACAAAACCUCUCCGGUGUCUUGCAAUCGAAGAUUACGACGAUGACAGUAGAGACAUGAACGUUCUCAGUCUGUUUCAUCCUCCUGAGAUCGCCAUGUCCGUUCGGGAGUUUGUCACCCUCAGCACGGAAUCCCCUAGGACAGGCGCGGAAAGCUCAAGCACCUUCCCCGACCAUUACUGUGUUCUUCGCGCAAAGAGUCAAUGGUGCCCCGGCUCGCGCUCUAAGCUUCAGCUGAUCGCCUGGAGACGAGAGACGACAGAACCUUCGGAUAUUGUCACAUGGGAGCGCGAAGGCAAGAUACCUCACUUGCCCAGCGUCAGACCGUCAACUCACAGCCACGCCUCGGAGUCCGUUUUCUACAAGACUGACCCAGCGCUUCAUUUUUACUUUCCGAUAGUUGCAGAUCCACCAGUCGACUCAUGUACUCUCAACGCGCUCCGCACGGCGUUCUCUCUUCACUCCGUCGUUUUCGCGACAAUCAAGGUGUGCGGUCACUGGCGCUUAAUGGACGGACCUUUCGAACUCACGCGCGAGAGCGCGAGAGCGUUCUUCGCGGAGACGGCAUCCCUCCGCGUGCUGGAGGUGUAUAAGUACAGUGCCGCGCGUCUGGUUGAAGUGCUCACGCCGUACGAUGGCCAAUGCGCGCUCGCCUCUGAGCUGGAGGAGAUCUGGUUCGAAGAGGUUGAUUUCGCCGAGGAAACGCUUACGGACGCUCUUGUACUCUGCGUCACUGCAAGGACCGCAAGCGGAUGUUCGCUCAAGAAGCUCGUUUUGAGGAACUGCAUAAAUAUCGACUUGCAGGAGCUGACUACGUUUACUGGUCUGGACGUCGAAGCGAAAACGGCGCAGUCUGAGGCUGCACCUCAAGUUUGGGAGAUAGCGGGUAGCUCCAAUCAAGCAUCUACCGGAUUAAGAGGAAGAGGAAGAGGAGGCCGAGGGCGUGGACGUAGCACUAGCAAAAAGACGCCUGCUCGCGGUAGGAAGAAGCAGCAAAAGUAG